ACAUAGAGACGAAGAAGAAGAAGAAGAAGAUCAACACAUAAAUUAUAAGGUCAGUAUUUUCAGUAAAAUUAAACCAUCACAUACUAUAAAAAAGAUGGAUAAACCAUUCCAUGCAAGAAACAUCUCAUUAAUAAAAGCAACCUUCUUCCUGCUCGCGAUCCUCCCUUUAUUUCUUACAAAAUCCAUGGGAGACGAGCCAACGGCAUAUGAAAUCCUUGAGAGGUACAACUUUCCGAUAGGGAUACUACCUAAAGGAGUCACGGGGUCCGAUUUAGAGGAGUCGACGGGCAAGUUCUCAGCAUAUUUGAAUGGUAGUUGUAGUUUUCCUAUUGAAGGUUCGUACAAAUUGAGCUACCAACCAACCAUCAAAGGCUACAUAUCUCAAGGCAAACUUUCUAGCUUGCAAGGUAUAAAAGUGAAGUGGUUAUUUUUGUGGUUUGAUAUUAUUGAAGUUUAUCGAAAUGGUGAUGUGCUUGAAUUUUCUUUUGGAAUUGCAUCGGGUGAGUUUUCCAUUGAUAAUUUUGAGGAAUGCCCUGAAUGUGGAUGCGGAUUUAGUUGCUCCAGUAAUCCAUUUUCAAGCAAGACUAGAAGGAAUGAAUUUGGUAUUUGUUCUUAUUAGUUGGAGAAAACUUUUAUUUGGUAUUUUCUUUUUGUAGUUUUUCCUCCUUUUUUUUGGUUUGGUUUUUGUGUUUCUAAAUGAUUGAACUUGAAGUUUGAAUUUGUUUCUUUA